UUCACCAGAAUCACUCGCUCGACGCUAGAUAGAUUUACAAAGGACUGUACCUUCUCAUUCUUGCUCUUCCUCUUCUUCUUCUUCUUCUUCAGUUCACCGAGGCUCCGCGUUCCAAAACCGCGACGGCGACGGCCGCGAACAUGGCUCUACUCUCGCCGGCGACCGCUGGGACCGCCGCGGUCGCAGCAGCGUCUAUCAAUCGCCCCAACACACCGGUCAUUUCCUCCUCCUCGUCUCCCUCGGACUCGAUCAAAUCGGCUCGCGCCUCUCUCCGCCUCUCGCCCCUCCCGAGGACGGCGGCGGCGAACAUCGCCGUGAACACCUCGCGGACGAGGGAGUGGAAGGUCUCGUGCGAGGUCGCGCUGAAAUCGGACUCGAAGCCGUCCUCCUCCUCGUCCGCGGAGAGCGAUUCUCCAUCGGUUUCGGGUGAAGGAGACGGUUCGGACGGCGAUUCGGCGAGGAUUGGAGCGAGAGUUAGGGUAAAAGUGCCGCUGAAGGUGUACCACGUUCCGCGCGUGCCCGAGGUGGACUUGACCGGGAUGGAAGGCGAGCUGAAGCAGUACGUCGCGGUCUUUAAAGGUAAGCGCAUUUCGGCUAAUCUUCCUUUUAAGGUGCAGUUCGUUAAGGAAAUUGAAGGCCGUGGACCUGUCAAGUUCUUUGCGCAUCUUAAGGAGGAUGAGUUCGAGUAUGUUUGAUUGAUGUCCGUGUGAUAUGAUGAUGAGUUCGAUCAGUGUAUAAGCGCUUCAGCAUUGUGUAUUUGCUUCCCCAUACAAAAGGCAAAUUAAUCUCUCCCGUUCUAAUCUCUGUUCCUAUAUUCAUACAUACUUUUUGCUA